CGAGUAUAUGAAAUGGUGGCCGAAAAGAUCAGAAGGGUGGCUGUGAUUGGCGCUGGUCCGUCGGGGGCAAUCACAAUAGAUGCACUGGCUCGGGAAGAGGCAUUUGAUCAAAUCCGUGUUUUCGAUAGGCAGGAAGGUCCAGGAGGGUGUUGGCGAAGACGAAGAGUCAAGCGAACGUGUUUCAACCAAUCGAGUAUAUCUGACGAGAUGGACAGGUACGGAGACAAGCUAACACCAGUCCCUUUGACCAAUUUCGCAGCAUUGGCUUCAAGGACGGCAGAUCAGCCUGUAGAUUUGCCAGCACAGGUUCCAGGUCAUACCCAGAAGAACGAUCAGCCACGAUGGACAGAUUCAUCGAUAUACCCCUAUCUCGAGACAAACGUAGAUGUGGUAACCAUGGAGUACACCCAGGAGCCUAUUGUUGGAGAGCUGUCUGCACGCACGAUCGAGCUGCACGGUGCGACAUCACCUUUCCGGCAUUGGACUGUCAUGAGAGAUUAUGUGACAAGUCUGUUUGAACGCAAUGGCUAUGAAGAUCUAGUAUGCUACAACACUCAUGUCGAGAGAGUGGAGAAAAUCGGAGACGAGUGGAAAAUCUCACUGAGAAAAGAGGAAGACGAAAAGGAUUACUGGUGGAUCGAGUGGUUUGACGCUGUCAUUGUCGCAAGCGGACAUUUCAACGUGCCUUAUGUCCCAACUGUACAGGGCCUAGAGGAGCUCGAGAAACAAUACCCUGGCAGUGUUUUGCACAGCAAGAUGUAUCGCGGCCGAGAUGCAUACAGAGGUAAACGCGUUGUCGUGGUUGGUGGCUCAGUGUCUGCAGCCGACAUCUCUACGGACCUCGUCGGUGUGGUGGACUCCAAAGUUUAUGCAGUCGUCAACGGUCAUACCAUCAACGUGUACUUUGGAGAUGGAGCGUUCAACAAUCCAGGAGUUACCCGGAAACCAACGAUCUCUCACAUCGAUACCUCAGCAGGUCAACGCACAGUACACUUCAUUGACGGUACCUCGAUACAGAAUGUUGAUCACAUUAUCUUCGGCACUGGAUACUCUUGGAGUCUCCCUUUUCUGCCGGACGUAAAGAUCAGAAACAAUAGGGUACCGGGACUGUAUCAAAACGUCGUCUACCAGCAGGAUCCGACGCUGCUAUUCGUUGGAGCAUGGCAGGCUGUUCUCGCUGCGAGAUUGCUAGCUGGACGCGCUGAAUUGCCGCCUCUUGAGGAACAACAGCGAUGGGAAGCAGAACGAGUCAGGAAGAAGGGCGAUGGUCCUGCGUUCAACGUCAUCCAUCCUGACUUCGAGGAAUAUUUCGAAACAGUCAGAACUCUCGCCGGUCCAGGCAUAGAUGGAAAAGGACGACCUCUACCACCCUAUAAGCCUGAAUGGUUUGAUGCCUUCAUGAACGGCCAUGAACUGCGAAAGCAGAUGUGGGCCAGAAAGAAUGCUGCCGCUGCUUUGGAGGACACCAAAGCAAGAAUUUAA